AUGGCUGCAGCUGCACAAGGGUUCGCACUGGUUACGCCCGCAUCGCGAGGCAUCGGCUUUGCACUAGCCCAGCAGCUCCUCACGCAGACGGGCCUUCCCGUCGUAGCCACCGCGCGGAAAAAUCACGAUGAACUUCGUGAGAAGCUCCUCACUAGUGAGGGUGUGCCAUCGAAUGCCGAAAAAAGAUUACAUCUAUUAGACGUCGAUGUGAACGACGAAUCCACAAUAUCGUCCAUGGCCGCCACCAUCCGUAAAGACCUCCCCGACACGCCUCUCCGUCUUGCCUUUACAGUCCCUGGCAUCUUACAUGUGGAAAAAUCCCCCACUCAAAUCGACGCCGACAAAGCACUAGACAGUUUCAAAGUCAAUUCGCUGGGGCCCCUUCUUCUCAUGAAGCACCUGUCCCCUUUACUCCCCAACAAAUCCGCGUCCGGGUUUCCCAACUCGGAGGGCUCACUGAAACUACCCGCUCAUGCGAUCUAUGCGAUGAUGGCAGCUCGGGUGGGUUCAAUAUCCGACAAUGCCUCUGGGGGUUGGUACUCGUACCGUGCGAGCAAGUCUGCUGUUUUCCAGACAGCCAAGACGUUUGAUUUGUAUUUGCGGGGUCGAUGUGCGGAGAGGGCGAUUGCGGUGGCGCUUCAUCCUGGGACGGUGAAGACGGACUUCACGAAGGAGUUUUGGAAGGGGAGGGAGAUGCUGGAGCCGUUGGAGUCCGCGGACAGGUUGUUGAAGGUGGUGACUGGGUUAGGUGCAGGACCGGAGGAUGGAAGGGGCAAGUGCUGGGAUUACAAGGGCAAGGAAGUGGUUCCGUGA